UUUUAUUUCAGAGAAUCCAUGAACAUCCUUUUGAGCAAUAUAUGCAGAAAAAUUCAGAAAUUGUAAUUUAUACAGAAUUUUAAAACUCUUCAAUUACAAUGGAUAAAGAGAAGAAUAUACAGCUCAGGAGAGUGUUUGGAUAUUACUGGAGCACAAGUUUUUUAAUCAUUAAUAUAAUUGGUGCAGGAAUUUUUGUGGCCCCCAAAGGGGUGUUGAAGUACUGUAGCAUGAACGUGGGGCUCUCCCUGUGUGUUUGGGCCGGCUGUGCCGUACUGUCCAUGACGACAACGCUCUGCUCGGCAGAGAUAGGUAUAAACUUCCCAUGCAGCGGAUCCAAUUACUAUUUUAUGAAGAGAUGCUUCGGCUCCUUGAUCGCUUUCCUGUAUCUCUGGACAUCGUUGAUUCAGGGGCCAGGGAUAAUCGCUGGCCAAGCCCUGCUCCUGGCUGAGUACGGCAUCCAGCCUUUUUAUCCCAGCUGCUCUGCCCCAGAGCUGUCAAAGAAAUGCCUGGCUCUAGCCAUGUUAUGGAUUGUGGGAAUUCUGACUUCUCGUGGUGUGAAAGAGGUGACUUGGCUUCAGAUAGCUAGCACAGUGCUGAAAAUGUCCAUUCUUGGCCUCAUUUCCCUCAGUGGAGUGGUGUUGCUGGUGAAAGGGAGAAAGGAGAAUGUAGAAUGGUUUCAGAAUGCUUUUGAUGGUGAAUUUCCAGAUGCCUCCCAGCUUACAGAAGCUGUCUUCCAAGGAUAUUUUGCAUAUUCAGGGGAGCUGAAGACACCCAGAAAAACAAUUCCCAGAAUCGUAUUUACCGCAGUACCUAUGGUGACUAUAGUUUAUUUACUGGUUAACAUUUCCUACCUCACUGUUCUGACGCCCAAGGAAAUUGUCUCUUCAGAUGCCGUGGCCAUCACGUGGACUGAUCGAGUUUUCCCCUCAUUAGCAUGGGUUAUUCCUUUUGCUAUUUCUGCCUCAUUAUUUAGCAACCUUCUGAUUAAUGUAUUUGAAUCAGCAAGAGUGAUAUAUAUUGCAGGCCAACAGGGCCACCUGCCUUUGCUGUUUCACACACUCAAUAGUUACUCCUCUCCAUUUCUAUCUGUGCUACUACUUGUCAGCAUGGGAUCCCUUGCAAUUGUCUUAACAAACCUCAUUGACUUGAUAAACUACUUUUAUUUUAUGGUUACUUUUUGUUCUGUAUUAUCAGCGGUGGGAAUACUAAAACAGAGAUUCCAGGAACCUGAUCUACCUUCAUCUUAUAAGGUCUUUUUGCCAUUUCCAUCGAUAGCAAUGGCCAUCGGCCUGAGCCUGGUUUUGAUCCCAUUGGCGAAGUCUCUGAGUGUGCAAUAUGUCUAG